CUUUUCCUCUGCUCCCCGAGAUCACCUGCCGCAGACGGUGUGCUACCUCCGCCACCCCGCCCGUAGCGAAGGGUUCCUAGUGCUGUGCCGACGUCACUGACAGCGGCUCUGUGUCUUUACUUAGUCCUUCCACGGGGUUGACAGCCAAGUCACGUGACAGUGGCUUUCGGCACAAAACGAAACGCAAGACAGCAGAGAAGUGUCCGCGAAGGGCACGUCAAGAUAAAUACAUCGCCCGCUCUGCAAAUCUGGAUCGGAUACUUGGCUACACAGUGGGCAUCAAACCUCGGCAUAGCCAGUUUUCUUACUCGAUAACAGAAACUAUGGACGAUGGCUACCAUUACACUCGCAGUCCAGUUUGGGAAGAGCUGGAGUCGGAGAAGGGAGCGGCGUCCGUGGCGGGGAUGCUGGUCGGCGGGAUGCAGCCCCAUCCGGGGGGAGGCGCAGGACUACCAGGAGCUGGUGACGAGUCCUCGGAUAGCGAAGGGGAGCACGAAGGGCCCCAGAAACUCAUCCGGAAAGUGUCCACCUCCGGCCAGAUCAGAAGCAAGACCAGCAUCAAGGAGGGAAUACUACUGAAACAGACAAGUUCCUUCCAGAGAUGGAAGAAAAGAUAUUUCAAGUUGAGAGGAAGAACUUUAUACUAUGCUAAGGAUGCAAAGUCUCUGAUUUUUGAUGAAGUCGACCUAUCAGAUGCCAGUGUCGCUGAGUCAAGUACAAAAAAUGUCAACAACAGUUUCACGAUAAUUACUCCAUUCAGAAGGCUGAUUCUUUGUGCUGAAAACAGAAAGGAAAUGGAGGAUUGGAUCAGCUCAUUAAAAUCUGUACAAUCCAGAGAGCACUAUGAAACGGCACAAUUUAAUGUGGAACAUUUCUCAGGGAUGCACAACUGGUAUGCCUGCUCUCACGCUCGUCCUACCUUCUGCAAUGUCUGUCGGGACAGUCUUUCUGGGGUGACCUCCCACGGCCUGUCUUGUGAAGUCUGCAAGUUUAAAGCACAUAAAAGAUGUGCUGUUAGAGCAACCAACAAUUGCAAAUGGACCACAUUGGCCUCUAUUGGAAAAGACAUCAUUGAGGAUGAAGAUGGGAUUGCAAUGCCUCAUCAGUGGCUGGAAGGAAAUCUCCCAGUUAGUGCCAAGUGUUCAGUGUGUGACAAAACAUGUGGCAGUGUACUCCGUCUACAGGAUUGGCGCUGUUUGUGGUGCAAGGCAAUGGUGCACACUGCUUGCCGGGAACUUUAUCCCAGAAAGUGUCCUCUUGGUCAGUGUAAAGUAUCAAUCAUUCCACCCACUGCACUGAACAGCAUAGAUUCUGAUGGAUUCUGGAAAGCUACUUGUCCUCCAUCUUGUGCCAGUCCCCUACUAGUCUUUGUGAAUUCCAAAAGUGGCGACAACCAAGGUGUUAAAUUCCUUCGCAGAUUUAAACAAUUACUCAACCCAGCUCAGGUUUUUGAUUUAGUCAACGGGGGACCUCAUUUAGGUUUACGCUUAUUCCAUAAGUUCGAUAAUUUUCGCAUCCUUGUAUGUGGUGGAGAUGGCAGUGUUGGAUGGGUUUUGUCUGAAAUUGACAAGUUAAAUCUUCACAAACAGUGUCAACUUGGUGUGCUUCCUCUGGGUACUGGAAAUGAUCUUGCUCGUGUUCUUGGUUGGGGAGCAUCAUGUGAUGAUGACACACAACUUCCACAAAUUCUGGAAAAGUUGGAGCGAGCCAGUACAAAAAUGCUGGAUAGAUGGAGUAUAAUGACAUAUGAAAUAAAAAUACCACCAAAGCAAAGUUUUAAUGUAACUCCUGAAGGGGAAUCUGAAGAAGAAUGCCAAUUCCAAAUCUCUGCUUAUGAAGAUUCUGUAGCUGCUCACUUGACAAAAAUCCUUAACUCUGACCAGCACUCUGUUGUCAUAUCAUCUGCAAAAGUUUUGUGUGAAACAGUUAAAGAUUUUGUUGCUAAAGUUGGAAAAUCAUACGAGAAAACAGCAGACAACACAGAAGAAGCAGAAGCCAUGUCUAUAAAGUGCACUGUGCUUAAUGAGAAGCUAGAUUCCUUACUUCAGGCCCUAAAUACAGAAGCCCAGUCCUCAACCUGCCCUCCACAUAGCACCCCACCAAUUGUGGAAGAGGAAGGAGAGGAGGAGGAAGAACUAGAUGAGGAGGCUGAGCUUGACGAUGAAGGAGAACUCAGUGAAGAAUCACUUACUGAACUGAAGGAAAAGAUGGAGGAAAACCUCACAGAAAAGGCAUCCCCACAUAAAUUCUUUAAACCAAGAGAGCAGCUUAUGCUUAGAGCUAACAGCUUAAAAAAGGCUGUAAGGCAGAUCAUAGAGCAGGCUGAAAAAGUUGUUGAUGAGCAAAAUGCACACACGCAGGAACAAGGAAUCCAGUCUCCAACUGAGUUAAAAAAGGAAAAUGAAGAUGACAACAAUGAUGAUGAAAAGGAUUUGGAUACUAAGGAAACAGAAGCACAAAUGAUAACUAAAGUGGCUCCCAGGUCUCCUCCAGAAAGGAGAGUGAGUCGAAGCACCCAGUCUUACACAGGUUCUUUCUCUAUACCUCCAUUUACCACUAGUAAAGAAAACCUGCCUGUACUGAACACCAGAAUCAUCUGCCCUGGUUUACGAGCUGGUCUAGCUGCCUCCAUUGCAGGAAGUUCUAUAAUUAGUAAAAUGUUACUUGCCAAUAUUGACCCUUUUGGAGCAACACCAUUUAUUGACCCUGAUCCAGAUUCACUUGAUGGCUACCUAGAGAAGUGUGUCAUGAAUAACUACUUUGGAAUUGGAUUGGAUGCAAAGAUUUCACUGGAAUUUAACAACAAACGAGAAGAACAUCCUGAAAAAUGCAGGAGCCGCACAAAGAACAUGAUGUGGUAUGGUGUGCUUGGCACUAAAGAGCUGCUACAGCGGACUUACAAAAAUCUGGAGCAAAAAGUUCAGCUUGAAUGUGAUGGGCAGUAUAUUCCCCUUCCAAGUCUUCAGGGAAUUGCAGUGUUGAACAUUCCCAGUUAUGCUGGUGGGACAAAUUUCUGGGGUGGAACCAAAGAAGAUGAUAUAUUUUGUGCUCCAUCUUUUGAUGAUAAGAUCCUAGAGGUUGUUGCUGUAUUUGGAAGCAUGCAGAUGGCUGUUUCAAGAGUCAUUAAACUGCAGCAUCAUCGAAUAGCACAGUGCCGUUCAGUAAAAAUUACUGUACUCGGAGAUGAAGGUGUUCCAAUUCAGGUGGAUGGAGAGGCCUGGAUUCAGCCUCCUGGGGUUAUCAAAAUUAUUCACAAAAACCGAGCACAAAUGUUAACUAGGGAUAGGGCUUUUGAACAUACUCUGAAGUCAUGGGAGGACAAGCUUAAAUAUGAUAAGCCGCCACCACCUCUUCGUCCUCAUCUAUACUCACAGCAGUCUGUGGAUUUAGCAACAGAAGAAGAGGUCACUCAGAUCCAGAUGUGCUCAUGUGCUGCUGAGGAUCUCAUUACAAGGAUUUGUGAAGCAGCAAAAUCCCACAGCCUGCUGGAGCAAGAAUUGGCACAUGCUGUGAAUGCAUGUUCACAUGCACUGAACAAAACUCAUCCUAAAUUUCCCGAAAGCCUGACCCGGAACACUGCAAUUGAAAUUGCUAGUAAUGUUAAAGCUUUGCACAAUGAAACAGAAUUAUUGCUAGUUGGAAGAGUUCCUUUGCAAUUGGACUCCCCUCAUGAGGAGCUACUCUCUAAUGCAUUACAAAAUGUGGAAAUUGAGCUGAGAAAACUUGCAGAAGUUCCUUGGCUUUAUCACAUUCUUCAGCCUGAUGAUGAAGAGGAUCCUGCAUUGGAGUAUGGCAAAAGAAACAGCAGAAGUACCAUGUUUCGAAUAGUGCCAAAGUUUAAGAAAGAAAAGUACCAAAGACACAAGGCUAGCCCACAGUCAGUUCAAAGGUGGGGCACAGACGAAGUGGCUGCUUGGCUCGAUCUGCUCAGCUUGGGAGAGUACAAAGAAAUCUUCAUCCGUCACGACAUCCGAGGCUCUGAACUGUUGCACCUGGAAAGGCGCGACCUAAAGGACUUGGGGAUUUCGAAGGUGGGACACAUGAAGCGAAUUCUGCAGGGAACUAAGGAACUGGCCAAGAAUACUUUGUCCGAGCUGUAGCCCUUUUCUGUGGUCAGUCUGAAGCAGGAAGGAACCUGUCCUGAAGUGCUUCAACUGGAAGCCAUUUGUGCAACUCCCUGCAUGUUAGGAACCAGGGAGAAGCAACUGGUACAGAGACUGUUGACUAUGCUGGGGUGAGGGGGGGCGGGUGUGGUUAGGGUUUUUUGUCCCUUCGUGUUCAUAAUUACAGAGUUGCUUAUUAAUGGGUUUUUUAGGGCUUGUGCCAUACAACUGUAGAGUAAGGAAAAAAGGAUGUAUAAAAUUUUUAAAAAGCCAUUUUAUUUUUGUGCACACAGGGUGCAGCCAGAUAUGCAUCUGUCAGGAGGAGAAAAAAGAGUUUACUAGAAACUGCACUAAAAAAGACACAAACAGAAGUAGCAAAAUACAGAACUUCCAAAAUGAUGCACCAUCAUUUUAAAUGUAGCUUCAUGUUAACAGUAGAUCACAUUAUGAAUGAUAGUUGAUAAGACUCAGUAACAGGAUGCAACAUGAAACUAUUAAGAAAGCUGUAGAACAGAAAAGUGAGAUCUGCCAGAAGAGCUUUGCCUUUUUUAGGCCUUCAGGUAGAUCCUUCCAGACAUAUCAGUCAGUGACCAAGAAUUAGAGUGCUUUAAACUUUGUUGUGAUUUGGUUAAUUUUUUAUUGCAUGGUGUGGCUGCCUGGUGUGGAUUUUCUUCUUCUGCAUGAUAUUUGUCUAUAACAUGCUGUUUAUAUCAAUGGGGUGGAAAAGAAACACUUGAAGAAAUUUUAAACCUGUUUUAAUAUCAUGAAAUUCGUUACUACUGAGAUAUUUCUCUUAACUUAUGUAGCUUUUUUCUAUCCUUUGCAUGAACCUAUUCUUAAGUAGGAACAUAAGUGUGGAAUGUAGCAUCUGUGCCAUAUAGAGAUACAAAUAAGACAAAUAAGUCUAUGCUUCUCAUAACUCAAGGGUAUUUAUUAUUAGAUUACAAUUUCUGUGCUGGAUUAGCAUGGACUUAGACCUUUGCAAUAUUGACGGUUGUUUUUUGUCUUUUUUGCAAAGAUUUACACCAAUGUUAGCAUAUUUUUAAAGGAGAUAAAUGUGCAGUUUUAUUUAGAUAGUAUUGUAUUUUUACUGUAGGCUACAAGUAUGCUGUACAUAACUUUUUUUUUCUUUUUACUUGUCUACAGUACCCUACAGCCUUGUUAACAUUUCAUUGUGGAGCCAGUGUCAAAAAGCAUUUUACCACCUCAAAUGUUAAUUCUUCACUCAGAAACGCAGGUUCUCCCUGUUUUGAUUUUUCUGAUUUUUAAAAAUGUACUAUUUUUGUUGUUUUCAGUCUUGUACUGAAUCUCCACAUAUUCCCUAAAUGAGCCAAAAGUAAUGUUUUUAAAUACCUUUUUAUUUCUUGGUUGCAGCUUGUUUUAUACUAUCGCAACAGUCCAGUAUAAAAAGCUGUUAAGUAUUGGCAGACACUUCCAUUUGUUUUCCAUUUUCACAUUCAGGAUCUGACUACUGAAGGUUAUGAGAAUAAUCUUUUUAGCAGAAAUAAUAAGGAAUGGAUUGCCAAUUGUUUUAAGUGUUUCUGAAUAUGUGCUGUGUUCAUAAGUGAAUUUGGAUAUUUUUUGUUACAUUUGUGUUUUGAACUCACUUAACCUAACUACUCUUUGUCUCAUUUUUGCCAUGCACUUCUUCCCUGUAUUUAUUAAAUAUCGUUAAACAGCUAUAGGUUAUAAUAUUAGGAAAAAUGUAGUUGCAGCACAAUGAACGGAGUUCAUCCAAGAAUUUCAAGCACUAGCCUCGACUCUUAACACAGAAAAUGGCAGAGACUGGCCAUCUGCUCUUUAAAUGUUGAACAAGAGGGGCAUGUCUGUGAGCUAUGAUGUUUAUUGACUUGAACACUGCAUUUUAGGAAUUACAAACCACAUAUUAGACAUUGUUUUCUUGCUUAUUGAUAUGCUAUAGACCAGUUAUGUUUAAGGCAUUUAUCUUGUUCAGUUUUAAAAUAUUUUCAUUAGCUACCCUUUUGCUUUCCCUGCUCCGACAGUAAAACACUAACCGAAAUACAAAUUUUUCUGAUAAUGUAGUUUUCACUAAAAGGCUGCUACAUACUGACCCGUGUUUGCCUUUAUUCCACACCAUGUCUGUGAGAUUCUCAGCAUAUAUAAGCCCGUAUUUGUACUACUGUGCUGCAUCUUUUGUAGUUUGCACUCCUACUUAAAGGUUAUAGGGAAAGAAUUAUGCAAAUACCCUUUAAACAAUUUUGUGUUUUCUCUUUUAGUGCGUCUUGAUUAUGAUUGCAAGCAGCUUACAUAUUCUUCCAAAAUGAAGAUUUGUUCAGCGAUUUCAUAUAUUUUAAGAAUUUUGUAACAAACUUGACUGUUGACUGCACUACAAGCAUUUAAUUUCUACUUAUUCCAUUUUUAACUUUGUUUUCCAAUAUGUUGUUUUGCAAAGCAAGCGCCUAUCAACAGUACCUCACAUUUUGUAAAUACAGAUACUGAUAAACUGCGAGCAUUAUAUAGCGAGCAAAGUAUUAUAUGAAACCAGUCAAAAGCAACAGUUCUGUUAGUAAUGUAAACAUAUACAGUACAGUGUGCUAACAUUAUAUAAAAGUCUGAGAUACUAAAUUAAAAAUGCCUAAUACAGUGGAACCUCUAGAUACGAGUUUAAUUCGUUCCAGCACUGAGCUUGUAUAGCGAAUUUCUCGUAUCUAGAACAAACUUCCCCAUUGAAAAUAAUGGAAAUCCAGUUAAUCCGUUCUGCACCCCAAAUAUAUUAACAUAAAAAUCAAUUUUACUAACAAAUAACACUGAUAAAUUAUAUAUACUGUAGUCUGCCUUUAAUAAAUAACACUGGUAAAAAAUAUAACUGAUUAUUAAAAGAAUCAAAACAGGUGUCCAAAGUGCAGUAGAGCAUUCAAUAAAUCUUUAAAUAAAUAAUUCUUAAAACAGUUGUGAAGUGGACGUUUAAAAUACACAAGAAUAACAAUCCUUUAACCCGAGGUUAAAACGUCAAAAGGAUGCAGUCUUUAAAAAACAGACGACAAUCCCCGGUGCUUCUUCUCUGUUAGCGUCUCACCUGCGGGGCUCUGCAACAGGCGAGACACUCUUAAUGCAGCUGACCUUCUCUACACCGUCCUGCUUCAGCUGUUUGGCUCGCCUGUUCAGCUCACUGUUCAGCUACACGCGAGCCUGCACUCACUCACUCACUCGCCCGCCCGCGCUCUCGCUCUCUCUCUCUUUUCUUUUACUUUUUCUCCCCCUUAACCGGCUCGCGCUUCUCUAUAUAUGCGGGGAGGACAUGGCAGCUGCAGCCCAUCAGCCACAGGAACAAUCAUGGAUGUGGGCAGUUUCCCACCUGUGCACUUAAGUGAGAAACACAGACACCGCAGAUCGCGGCUCGCAACUGCUACCACGCCCCCUUGCUAAGCCGCGAGCUAUACCCACAGCCUGGCUCGUGGCUCGUUACGCGAGCCAAUGCUCGUAUUUAGAUCUGAAUUUUUCGCUCAUACUUUCCUCGUAUUUUGAAUUUCUCGUAUACAGAGGUGAUCGUAUCUCGAGGUUCCACUGUAUAUAAAUUAAUUUUCUUGCCUUGAGGAUUGACAUGAAUGUCCUAUCAACUUUUAGAUGAGGAUUUUUCUGUAUGUCCCAUCCAGUGCUACAUUUCAAAGUUCUGUCAGAUCCCUGAAUAAGUUCCUGUCUUAUAUUUCCAAACCUCCAAUUUAUCCAGCUUGCAAUAAGUCAACUUGCAUUUUUACUCCUCCUCACCUUUGCUGUACACAAUGAACUGAGUCAGUCUACAUGUUGUUAUAAAGCCUUAGAAAAAAAUAUGCAAACAUCCAACAUUGAGCAAAGUAUAAGUUUUGUUUUGCGUUAACAGUGAGGUGGCUUGGUGGUGCUUGUUAUCCGUACUCCUUGCUUCAUAAUUGCCCAUGUCUUAUUACUCUUAUUAAGUACAAUAGUAUUUGCAACAGAGGCAUACAAACAUUUUGAAUACGGACAUUUCUUCUCCACACAUUGCUCUUCACAUUAAUAGUGCCACUUCUAGCUUAUGAGAGUCUUUCUAAUUGGGAAUCCUAAUGUCAUUGCAGCACAGCUCCAUGCUGGCAGAAGUUAUCCUUUCUAGUGGUCCAAAGUGCAGUCUGAUUUCUACUGUUUACUUGUGCCAUAGUUCACCAGUUACAAUGAAUAGUUCCAUUAUUGUUGUUUCUAUGUCUAAUCCUGCGGUUAUCAAGCAGCUGAGGACAUUCUGCAUGGUGACCAUCAACAUACUGAAGGGUCAUCUUCAGUAAGCCAUACUGUAUCUUCAGAGUCUAAAGAAAUCUAUCUUAGGGUGCUUCUCUUUGUAUCAGUAAAAUGGUGGAAUUUUAUUUUUUUUAUUCAAAUACAAAAUUUUUCUACAAUAGAUAACAGUCAGGCAUGCAGACCUACCCUGUGUGUGUAAGCUGCCAGUCAUGACUGUAAUUUUAAAAAAAGAGCCUCUCCUUAGUUGAUGUGCUUAGAUGAUUCUGAAUUCAGUGCACUCGGCUCAUGUGUUGUCCACUUCCAAAGUACUGGUGUUGUGUUAAAUCACAAACCCUGUCACUCCUCUCCAAAAAAAAAAUCCACUGUACAUUUUUAUAUAAACGAUUACUUUUGAUAUCAUUUUGCAACUCACUCAUAAUUCUACUUGUUGUCAAUAUCUCUUCAUGAACAGUUCCCAAAUUUUGAGGUAAAUUUUACUUGUAUUAAGGUAUUCUGAAUUACUCUGAUUGCUGAAUUCCAGCAGAGGUCACUCAUGUCUUGAAUAAUUUAAUUACAGAAGGUUAUUCCCUUUUGUAUUGUGCUACUUGUGAAGGACUUGAACUAAUAUGGGGUGUCAGCCACUAUUACUUUAUAAACAACAUUACACAUAAAGAAAACCACAAAAAGCUAAUUGUCCAACCGUAACUGCCAUAUUAAUGCACUUACCAUGUAAUCCUCAAGUACAGAAAGGAUUUAUACCUGAUGUGCCAAAACCGAUUUAAUAAGCUACUCAACUGCUGGUUAAUCACAUGGACUUUUUUGUGUAUGCUUGUUUAUAUUGAAACUUUUUUCUGUUAAAGGCAAAUAAUGCAACAACAACUAUCCAUAUACUGUAUUUUGGAACACUGGCCAAGUGAAAAUGGUCUGUUGUUAGGUGUUAAUCUUUUUUUUUUUACUGUUAAACAUUGGUGGUGUGGCCCUUUAUUUGUCCCUCCAUGCUCAGCAUUACGUAGUCCUAUUUAUAUGCAGUAUAUGAGUGUUAACUACACUGAGCUCACCAUUACUACAUGACUGAUACACUGUUAGAGGCUUGCAACCAUUUCCUGAAAAUAAACACAAGUGUAGGACCAAUCCGUUAACCACGUACAGGAGCACACUCACCGACACACCAAGGCACUUCGUCAUCUUCCAUUUGGCUUUUGAUGCUUUGACAUUUUCAGUUUAUAUUAUAGUAAAUUAAUGAAAAUGUAAAUAAAAAACACAUCAUGUCUAUAGGAAUAAAGAUGAGAGAUGUUGGAGAAUGACAAAAGCAGUCAUUAUUUUAAACAUAUUACAGUUUGAAGUAAGUAUGUUCUUAAUAUUUUCAUUCAGGUUUUCAGUAUUAAUUUUAUUUUUGCAUAAGGAAGUCUUCUUUGUUUAAUACAAAAUAUAUGCAGAGCUUUGCAGUGCUAAUUACAGUUUCUGUUGCCAUCAAGUAUAAGCGUCAUCUUUUAAGACAAGUUACAAGCAAGUUUUGAUUAUUGUUAAUUUAAUAGUACAGGUAUGGUAUUGUAUCAAAGCAGCAAAAAAUGUAUACAUAAUGCAACAGAUGAGACUGCCAUCCUGUGCACUUCAGAAGCUUGUUACCAAGGCUGUUUAUUUCCCAGAGAGACACUAUAUUUUUGAGUAACAGUUUGCUGUUAGUAUUUAACAAAAGUUUACUUUUAAAUCUGCUGAAAAAGAAAUGUUUGAAUUGAAAAUGAAUAAUCUGAUUUUACUCAAACAUACAAUCCAUCCAUUCAUCCAUUUAAUGAACUCGCAUAUUGUGCUCUUGCAAUAUUUGGCAUAAGGUGACAGCCAAUCUUGGAUGAUCCAUCAAAGGGCACUCUUGCACCAGGUCAGUUUGCAGCUGUGAUUUAGCCUAAAUUAUAUCUUUUGGGAUGUGAAAGGAAAACCAGAGGAUGCAGAGAAACUCCAGUGAGGAGAGUAGGCGAAUGAGCAGACACUACAAAACACCUGAGAUAUGAAGAAAUUGUCCAGGUGCUGUGAGGCAGCAACACUAACUCUUAUGCUACUAAUGAAACAAAUCACCAAUGGGGACGUGGCACAUCUGUACAUCUUUAUGCAGAUAUCACACACAUGAUUCAGCUCUCUUCUGUGUGUGUGAAUAGCUUAGGUAUUAUUGCAGUCAAGUGAGAAUUAAAGUGAGCAAACCAUUGUACAGGCAGAGUGGGCGUCAAACCGAUCACAUCAUACAAGGGUUGUCAGUUGUUGUCUUAGAUGCUAGACCUGUGCAGCAUGCCUCUCACUGGGCUGAUGUUUGUUAGACAUACGAGUGUGCAGCUUCACACGUUAUUGGGCACUUCUGCUGUAUCAGGUGUCUCAUGUUUGAAGUUUUGUAAUGCUUAUUUGUAUGUAGUAGGUAGUAGUGAACAUAUUUUCACCUUCUUGUACAAGCAGAACCCCAUUAUUUAUUUAUUUAUUUUAUUCUAUUCCAGUUUAAUUGUAUUGUUACUUUUUACUUGUCAGAGAUAUAAUACAACUCUAAUGUUUUUUUUCUGCUGCUGAAAAAUAUUAUUUUGUAAGCCCUCCUCCUUUUUAUUUUCGUCAAAAUUCUUUGUGGAUGAACUGCUUGGACCUCUUAGUCUCAAAAAUUGUCCUGCUUUAAUCCAGCUUUUUUCCAUCCACUGUGAAGGUAACAGCGAGACAGAACACAGCCUAAGAGUAAAGGGUGCAAGUCAGGAUGUAAUCAUGCAUUGGGUACCAGUCCAUUGCAGUGUACACUCGUACACACUGCUUGGGACUGGGCCAGUUUUUCAGUAUUACUUUCAGAUGAAGAAGAUAACUUGAGCAUCUUCCAAGAAACCAUACAGACAGACAUAGGGAAACAUAUACCAGCUCCACAAAGACCGUGACCACACCCAGCCCUCUAAAAGGUCAUGUUUGAAUUCUGUUGUUCGAAACUUUCUUACCUUUUAUAAAUCUCUGUAAAAUACUGAAUUUUAAGGCAGAGUAGUGUUAAAAACUUUUUGGCAUGGUGGCACUGUGUUUUUGGUUUGUUGAUGCAUUGUCAUUAGAUACAAAGGAUUGUGACUGCAUUACAUGGCACACAAAAACAUUACAAAGUUAGAGAAAUGUGUCCAUACUGGUGGUAUGCACCCUAGUUGAUUAUCAUCCUUUCUUGUAGUGCUAAGGAGCCAAAUGCCACCUUGUUGAGAUACCCCACCAGAGGGUGGUUUUAAAAGGCUAUUAGUCCCCCACCAUGCUGUCCAGGGCUAAGUUGGGGGGCUGGCUGAAGAGACUCCAAUUUUCUGAAGCUCAACACUCAUGUCAUCAGUAAGGCAACUGGUUUGGUGUUCAUUUUUCAGGAUCAGAAAAGCCUCUGUGGCUGGACUUUGCGUCUUUUCCAUGAAUGAUGUUUUGCACAUCCAUCGCCAUCAGUAAGCAGUUGAGCAGGAUUGUGGAGCGAAGUGUGUAAUUGCAGCACAUUUAUUUGAAAUGAGUUUUACAUGCCUACUAAUGCCAGUUGAAGGACUAAGGUGACAUCUAAAUGACCUUACCUUUCUCACACCAACUACAACUUGGUCUAGCAGUCGCAUGCUCCCUUCUUAUUACAGCAAAGAAGUACAGUCAGUCUGUAAAUCUCAUAUAACUUUAAACACUUGCCAUUUGAUCAGUUUAUUAAAGAAUUUCAGUGUUAAAAAGGCUCAGCAAUAUAGUGUAAACCCAAAGCCAGCCUUCAUUAAACCUGCCUGUUGGCACAGAGAAGUCAGACAUAACCAAUGCACUUUGUACAUUCUCCUUAACUAUCUGCUAAGAAAGUGUGUCCUCACCAGUGUUUGCGUUGAAGCCGAGCAAUUUUACGUCAUUUUUAUCUAUGGUCUUUACAUCGAGAUCUCGCCAUAUUUCAAAAACAAAUAUAUACAGUAUAUGUAUAUACAUAUUUAUAUAUAUUAUAAUACAUAAUAUAUAUGGCUCCUUGUUGUCUCUGUUUUUGGUUUUUGAAGAUACUGACAGAAUCGUGUACUGUACCACACUUUGGGUAAUUGCUGUAUAAUUGCUGAGUAGUAUUGUAGCUGCUUGUGUAAAAAUGACGCUGACCAUCUUGCAAUCUGCUGAUACGCUUUUGGCCAAAGAUAGCAGAUUAGUCCAGAGCUGUAGAAAUGGGAGCUUAUCCCUGUCAGGCUAAAGCUCUUCAUUCCACAAAAGUUUUUUUCUGUAUGUACAUAUUUAUUCAGUUUUUUAGUUCUAAAUAUUAAGUAAAACAGGCAGCUAAUAAACAACGAAGCAUCAUUUUCUAGGUUUUAUCAGAGUGUUUUAAUGUUGUGCUGGCAAGUGUUUUUUUUUUCUUUGUAUUUUUCUUUUGUUUUUUUUUUUUAAACCGUACUGCUGCAUAUUGAAAGUUGGAGUAUUUGUGCAAUUUAUCUAAUACAGUGGCAGGCCUAGCUGCUGCCUUCUUCUAAAUAAUUUGUAAAAUGUAUUUUGUAGAGAAAAAUGCACUAAGCAGACCCUCACUCACUGAGCGGCCUGGGCAGUGGUCCUCGAGCGCUCAGGAGAAGGACCCAGUUUCUAUUCUCUGGAAGUGGCACUGUUUUGACGAUUUGGUAACAAUGCCUGAGGAAUACUAUAGCUUUACUUCAUUGCACUGUUGGAAGACUGGUUUUUACAGAUCCAGUGACCACAAUACUUCAUCCACGUCCUCAGCUCAGUGAUGGUUUUAACAGCCCACCUUUGUUAGCGUUGUACCUCUGUGACAGAGCGAGACUGUCAUCUGCCUGCUAUUGCACCUUCCACUCUAAUGAUCUACAGAGCUGAUUAUUGUAAAUUUCUUUUAAUAACAUUAUGGAAAAGUGAGUUUUAUUUGUUUACAUACUGUUUACAAUGGCACAGUUUUAUUUUUAAUAUUAUAUAAAAACAAAUAUAUAUAUAUAUAUAUAUACAUACAAUAUUUGGGUAUUUAUUGCAUACAGUUUAAUAUAAAAUGUUUUCAUGUGUUUUCACCUUUGGAAUAUAAUGUUACUUUUACUUGUAAAAAUAUUUGGGUGACUUUGUUAAUGUAGUUAGUAAUUUUUAUGACUACUAAGUGACCAUUUUCUGUGCCUUUUAUUGUAGAAUGCAUGAUUCUUACCUAUUUAUUACUGUAUGGAAGUCACUGAGAUGUGUAUUUUUGUAUUCUGCUGGGAUCAGUGGUUCAGUUUUGUUGUACAUUUUAAGAUGCCUAUACACACACACACACACACACCCAGUAAUAAAAAAAAGAUCUUCCUAUUAAAUAAAAUUGAAUGCAAUCAC